ACGAUCAUGGCGAUGUUUCGGAGUUUGGUCUCCGGCAGUCAGGCGAAACAUACGCCGGCAGUGCCGGGGGAAAACUUGGCGGAUUCGUACAGCUGUCCCAUCUGUCUGGAGGUCUACCACAAGCCGGUGUCUAUAGCUAGCUGCGGACAUGCGUUUUGUGGGGAAUGUUUGCAACCCUGCCUCCAAGUGGUAUCACCUCUCUGCCCACUUUGCCGCAUGCCAUUUGAUCCAAAGAAAGUGGAAAAGGCCUCUAAUGUGGAGAAACAGCUCUCUUCCUAUAAGGCUCCCUGUCGAGGAUGCAAUAAAAAGGUGACUCUGGUAAAAAUGCGAGCUCAUAUUUCCUCCUGCAAUAAAGUUCAGGAGCAGAUGGAUAACUGCCCAAAGUUUGUUCCGGUUGUUCCUACCACACAGCCCAUUCCCAGCAAUAUUCCAAAUCGUUCCACAUUCAUCUGCCCAUACUGUGGAGCACGAAAUCUUGACCAACAGGAAUUAGUCAAACAUUGCAUGGAAAAUCAUCGUAAUGAUCCCAAUAAAGUGGUAUGCCCAAUUUGUGUGGCAAUGCCAUGGGGAGAUCCAAGCUACAAGAGUGCCAACUUUCUUCAGCAUCUGCUUCACAGGCACAAGUUCUCCUAUGAUACAUUUGUGGAUUACAACAUUGAUGAAGAUGCGGCAUUACAUGCAGCAAUAGCACUUUCUCUCACAGAGAAAUGAAGCAACUGCCUACAUAGAGAUCUAAGCAGACAUCCUUUGUACACGUCACCUUCUCUCACCUGGCAAAGAGAGUGGCAAUUUCCCAACAUUCUGUAGGGUACUGUCAUCCUCUGCACAAGUCACCUUCUCUCAUCUGGGCAAAAAUAGUGUCCUCGUCCUAAUAUUCAGUAAGGUGCUGUCAUCCUUAGCACAGGCCAUUUUUCUCUGUGCAAAGCGAGUGGCAAUUUCUUAGCAUUCUGACAGAUACCAUCACCUUCUGCAUAGGCCACCUUCUCGAUCUGGGAAUAGACAGUGCUCAAUUCUUAGUUUUCAAUCGGGUGCUAUCAACCUCUAUAUAAGUUCACUUCUCACACGUAGGCACAGGUCACAUUCACUUCUCUGCAUUCGAGAGGGUUCUGGUAACUCAGCUAAUCAAGUAACCAGUUGGGUAACAAGUUUUUUUUUGAAUCAUUAGUGUGUACCUAUAUCUUU